GGAAGAGAGAAGAAGAAGAGUGAGAGAGAGAGAGAGAGAGAGGGAGAGGAGAGAGGCCGCGGCCCUGACACUCUGACACUGACCGGGAUCCCGGGCCUGGGCCGCGGGGCCGAAGCCGGGGCCUAGAGUGCGAGGCUGAGGGAAGUGUUUGCGAUGGAGUGGCAACCUGACGAACAGGGACUCCAGCAAGUGCUUCAACUGCUCAAAGACUCUCAGUCGCCAGACACAGCAACACAGCGUGCGGUACAGCAAAAAUUGGAGCAACUGAAUCAGUAUCCAGACUUCAACAAUUAUCUCAUUUUUGUCCUAACGAGGCUAAAAUCUGAAGAUGAGCCAACGAGAUCCCUGAGCGGGCUGAUUCUGAAGAACAACGUGAAGGCUCAUUACCAGAGUUUUCCACAGGGAGUGGCUGAUUUUAUUAAGCAGGAAUGUUUGAACAACAUCGGGGAUACCUCGCCCCUUAUCAGAGCAACCAUAGGUAUUCUCAUCACUACCAUCGCUUCAAAGGGCGAGCUACAAGCCUGGCCUGAGUUGCUCCCUCAGCUUUGUAACCUGCUCAACUCUGAGGAUUAUAACACCUGUGAGGGAGCAUUCGGUGCCUUACAGAAAAUCUGUGAGGAUUCCUCCGAGAUGCUGGACAGCGAUGCCCUGAACAGACCACUCAACAUCAUGAUCCCCAAGUUCCUGCAAUUCUUCAAGCAUUGCAGUCCAAAGAUCAGGUCUCAUGCGAUCGCCUGUGUGAACCAGUUUAUCAUCGGUAGGGCUCAGGCGCUGAUGGAUAAUGUCGAUACGUUCAUUGAGCACCUGUUCGCGUUGGCGACAGACGAGGACUCUGAGGUGAGGAAGAACGUGUGCCGAGCUCUGGUGAUGCUGCUGGAGGUGCGGAUUGAUCGGUUGCUCCCACACAUGCACAGUAUCAUCCAGUAUAUGCUACAGAGGACUCAGGAUGCUGAUGAAAACGUGUCAUUGGAAGCGUGUGAAUUCUGGCUGACGUUAGCUGAGCAACCCAUCUGUAAGGAAGUCCUGUCUGGUCACUUGAUACAAUUAAUUCCUAUUUUAGUGAUUGGGAUGAAGUACUCUGAGAUCGAUAUCAUCCUUUUAAAGGGCGAUGUGGAGGAGGACGAAGCUGUUCCAGACAGCGAGCAGGACAUUAAGCCACGGUUUCACAAGUCGCGCACGGUCACGCUGCAGCACGAGGAGGAUGCGACUGCAGAAGAUGAUGAUUACGACGACGACGAUGACGACACUCUGUCGGACUGGAACCUGAGGAAAUGUUCUGCAGCCGCGUUGGACGUUCUGGCCAAUGUUUUUCGGGAUGAUCUUCUGCCCCACCUCCUGCCGCUGCUCAAAGGGCUGCUCUUCAAUCCGGAUUGGGUGGUCAAAGAGUCUGGGAUCCUGGUUCUCGGGGCCAUUGCAGAAGGUUGCAUGCAGGGAAUGGUCCCAUACCUGCCUGAGCUGAUCCCACACCUGAUCCAGUGUCUCCCGGACAAGAAGGCACUGGUGCGUUCCAUUGCCUGUUGGACACUCAGCCGCUAUGCGCACUGGGUGGUCAGCCAGCCCCCAGACCAGUACUUGAAACCACUGAUGACAGAACUGCUCAAGCGGAUCCUGGAUGGGAAUAAGCGGGUGCAAGAGGCAGCAUGCAGUGCCUUUGCUACAUUGGAGGAGGAGGCCUGCACAGAACUCGUCCCGUAUCUCAGCUAUAUCCUGGACACGUUAGUCUUUGCAUUCGGGAAGUACCAGCACAAGAACCUCCUGAUUCUGUACGACGCCAUCGGCACCCUGGCCGACUCUGUGGGACAUCACCUCAAUAAACCCGAAUACAUCCAGAAGCUGAUGCCUCCUCUGAUACAGAAAUGGAAUGAGUUGAAGGAUGAAGACAAGGACCUUUUCCCUCUGUUGGAGUGCCUCUCGUCAGUAGCAACAGCCCUGCAGAGUGGAUUCCUCCCGUACUGUGAGCCAGUCUAUCAGCGCUGUGUCACCCUGGUGCAGAAGACACUUGCCCAAGCUAUGAUGUAUAACACACAGCCGGAGCAAUACGAAGCUCCAGAUAAAGACUUCAUGAUCGUGGCCCUGGACUUGCUGAGCGGGCUAGCGGAGGGGCUCGGGGGCAAUGUGGAGCAGCUGGUAGCCAGGAGCAACAUCAUGACCCUUCUCUUUCAAUGCAUGCAGGACACGAUGCCUGAGGUGCGGCAGAGCUCAUUUGCACUCCUCGGUGACCUAACCAAAGCCUGUUUUCAACACGUGAAGCCGUGUAUAGCGGAGUUCAUGCCAAUCUUGGGGACCAACCUGAACCCAGAGUUCAUCUCUGUAUGCAAUAACGCCACAUGGGCCAUUGGGGAGAUCUGUAUGCAGAUGGGUGCCGAGAUGCAGCCGUACGUCUCAUUGGUACUGAAUAACUUGGUGGAGAUAAUCAACAGACCCAACACUCCCAAAACACUGCUCGAAAACACGGCUAUCACCAUCGGGCGGCUGGGCUACGUGUGUCCGCAGGAGGUUGCCCCCAUGCUGCAGCAGUUCAUCAGACCCUGGUGCACAUCCCUGCGGAACAUCCGUGACAAUGAGGAGAAAGACUCUGCCUUCCGUGGAAUCUGCAUGAUGAUUGGAGUGAAUCCCGGGGGUGUGGUGCAGGAUUUUAUUUUCUUCUGUGAUGCGGUUGCUUCGUGGGUGAACCCAAAGGACGACUUGCGAGACAUGUUUUGCAAGAUCCUGCACGGCUUCAAAGAACAGGUCGGUGAGGAGAACUGGCAGCAGUUCUCAGAACAGUUCCCGCCUCUGCUAAAGGAGAGACUGUCUGCGUUCUAUGGCGUGUAGCUGAACUUUAAGGACACAAAUGUCAGGUUUCAAUUGCUGGGAGGGAAAAUCGUCCAUCUAGGAAUUGCACUGCCCUGUUGCCACUGGGGGUUAGGGUGGUGUAGGUGGGACUAAACUCACCCCCUGUCUCUGAAAACAUGGGUGGUGUGGGGGGGAGGGGGGAGGGAGGGCGGGUGGGGAAACAGCCUCUAAACUCAGAACCUACUGGAUCCGUUUCGGCAGAAAGAUUGAUCCAGACAAAUGCCUGCGGCCUUUCCCUCUGAAGAGGUGAUCUGCAGCUCGCUCACUCACUCGCACACGAGAAAAUCCACACAUCUCAAGGGGUGUACGCUCACUUCCAGGACAGGUUUGGGGGGCCAAGUGGGGGUGGGGGGGGGGUGGUUCCACAGGGGGAAAUUAGGAAACCUAAAAUCACCAAGUAGGCAAAAGGCUCUUGGCCACGUAUUCUUAAACCACAAUAAAAAGAAAAAUCGUCUCGUUUUUAAAAUGCUAUGAAUUCAGG